GCCUAUUUCUGGAUCGUGGAACACUUUCAAGGUCGAGCUAGGAAGUGGCUGCAGUACAGUUGAGUUCUAGCGGUCGUACCAGACACCAUAUACAAAGCGUACUUGACCUAACGUUCACUCUGAGGUAUGCAUUCUUCUUCAUGCACACCGCCUCAGCUUAUUUGGAUAUCGUGGCGCGUUAUUCUUUCCAUAUUUUGGAACUCGAGUAUUGAUGAUCAUCAAUACUUUCAGUUAUAAUUAUAACUAUCCUUAAAUAUAGUAGAUCAGUUGGCCUGUGUUAAUCCUUGCAGAAGAUAUCUCUGUGAAGAUCUAGUUUCUCCUUGAACGCGUUGACAGAAGAUGCUGAUACUACUUGCUGAGGAUUGCCUCCAUUUUUAUACAAUCGUAGCUUGCUAGACACCAAAUCAUUCACUCAUUACUGCUAUAUUUAGUCUUUCAUUGUAUUAUCAUUCUUCAAAAAGAGUUUCCGUAGAAUACAAACAUGGUACAUCUCAAAAAUGGUGAUUCGGAACCCCCCAUUGAUCCUUCUAGGUAUACACUAUUUGCCUAUCGGUUCUGCCCAUUCUGUGAACGUGUCAGAUUAACUUUAAAUUUUCAUAAGAUUGAUUAUGAUUUAAUUUUGGUAUCAUUAAAUGAUAAACCAGAUUGGCUUUUAAAGUAUUCACCAUUGGGUAAAGUCCCUAUGUUGCUUAACCAAGGCGAUAAACUGCUUGAAUCUGAUUUAAUUAUGCGAUUUGUGGAUGAAUUACGUGGAGAGAAAUCUUCAUUAAUGUCAGUAUGUGGUCCAGAAGCCUUUCAACAGGCGGCUGAUUUAGCGCAAAAGUUUUUCAAUCCUGGCUAUUCAAUAAUGUUUCAAACAACUUAUAACGAAUUAGAUGUAGUGAAAUUUCAUGAGGCAUGCUUUGAAUUGAACAAUUCAAUCAAGGGUAAAUAUUUUGCUGGAGAUCAGCUAAGUUUAGCUGACUUGAUCCUCUUUCCUUUACUUGACCAUUUAGAGGUGAUUUCAGGUGUUAUUCAUGGUGUACAACCAGAAAAAGUGCAUGAAUUUAAGCUCAGUGAAUCGGGUGAUGUAGCUAGUCAAUGGCCAACUUUACUGAAAUAUUUGAAUACACUAAGGCAAGAGUCUUUCAUAGCCGACUCACGUAAAUCAACUAAUAUUCUAGCGAAAUAUGCUGCUUCUAAACGAGCUGGUUCUCCAGAUCCAGAAAUCAUGUAAUUCAUACAAAUGUUUACUGUUUUAUCUUGUGUCUUCUGCUCGAAAAUUCUAUCAUGACUUUGUCUAUAAAUGGUUUUCUAUGCUUUUGUUAGUGUGUUUUUCCGUUAAAAAAUGUCUGCUUAUUGAUCACUUAAACAUUCAAUGUUCAAUUCGCUUUGUUUUUUUGUUUUGCGUAUUUUUUUGUUGUGUUGUGAAUAUAAAUUUGAAUUAAUUCUCUUAUUGAUGAUGUUGUUUCCUUUAUCUUCAGAUCGACAUUCCAAAAGUCUCAGUAUACUGUUGUUUCUAAAACUUAUACGGCUUAAUUUGAAAGUUUUUAUCUUAAGUUUUUGUGGCGGUGUUCUCAAUACUUAUGUACCAUUGAUCAUUGAGCAAAUUGUUACGUUUUUUGUUGUUGCUGACAGGAUUUUUUUAUUAUUUCGUUUAACAUUGAUGCGUUAAGUACAUAUCC